AUGCGGGUGGCAUUCUACUUCCUUCUGGCGAGCAGACGUAUUUCCUCUCUCGAAUUCACACUUAGUCAAAGCCAUAGCCUUACAGAAAUGUCAUCCAGCACAACCAACAAUCUGCCUCUUUUCCCAUUCGACGUUUUCUCCCAAAUUUUUAAAGAGUGCGACUUGCAAACUCUCCAGACAUGCUCCACACUGAGCAAAGAUAUGCAUGAAUGCGCCUUGCCCUUUUUGUUCCAAACCAUCAGCUUUAGAGCAAAUCGCCCGUCGUUGGUUAAUAUACCUCAAGAAGAACGUGAUAACAUUUGUUCUGGAGCCAUCCAAAGGUUCACAGAGUUGCCUAAGAUGAGGGUGGCCGCUUUUGUUCGUCGACUUGUAUACGAAGGUUGUAGGUUUCCGGAUACCGACGCAAGGCAGCACUACCACCGCAGGGUCUGGGCUGUUUUCCGGGUCACUCUGUCUCCCACUGUAUAUAUAGGGUUGACAGAGCUCAUUUUAACGUCUGUUGAUAUUGACUUCCAAGAUGCCCAAGGCAUCAGUACUCUCGAGGCACUGCGUCUUCUCUAUCUCGUCAAUGUUCGCCUCUCGGACGGUGUAGUGCUGGGUGGCCGACUCCGUCCCAAGGUCUUGCACUUUUCGACACCAGGGCAACUCGUAAACACCAGCGCUAACGCCAUUCUCGGUGUGUGCAAAGAGGUUCGGUGGCUCCAGCUUCAUCGACUUCCAAGGGCGCCUGAUAUUCUGUACAAAAUUUUGGAGGUCACACCAUCGCUGACAGAUCUACAUAUUACACUCGAAAGACCCGUCAAUAAUGAUCAGCUAGGUGCCCCGGCGCUUGAGAGCAGAUUCUGUCCACGUCUAUCAGUAUACUCCGGCCCAUUUUAUUACUCGGCUAUAAUAAACGGGCGUCCAGUGUGGCAUAUAGAUGUCCAUGAAUUCCCUGAAUCGAUGAGCUACGAGGGUCCCCGCUUGUGGACGAGCCAGGCGAUACUCGAAGGCAGCAGCGCGAGUGUGAUGGUAUUCAAACUGAGAAAGUGGCCAGCAGAAUUUUGCGAGAUCUUUUUCGAACUCGUUUGGGAUCAUUUUCCACACAUCAGAGAAUUAACAAUUGAAUUAUCGGCGUACUACAAUACAACCCCAGACGAAAACCAUGCCGACAACAUAUCAAUGUAUAAUUUGGACAUUGAAUCAGUGAAAAAUUAUCAUUAUCUGGUAAGAAAUCCAUUUGAUUCAACCGUGAUCCCACAACGGACUGACAUUUGUCGUUGA